UCAAAAACGGUUAUGGACGGAAAUGGGACUUCAUGUGAAUAGACCAAAGCAGAGCGGUAGCGGAAACAUGAAUGAUGGCAAUACUGCCAGAAGAGCUUUCUCAGAUGUUACGCUAUUUUCUUCAAUAUUAGGGCUUGACACCGACUUACUGCACAGUUUUCACAUGAUUUUGAUCGCCAUUUCUUGUGAAUACGAGAUUAGUGCCCUAAAGUCUAAGCAGUACUCGGAAAAGACAUAUUCGUUGUAUAUGGAAAAGUACCCGUGGUAUCCGAUGUCACCGACUCUACAUAAAAUUUUAAUACACGGUGCACAAAUCAUCGCAGCCUCUGUAGUGCCCCUAGGCUGUCUUGGUGAAAGUGCUUCAGAAUCCCGCAAUAAAUAUUAUAAGAGCGACAGGCGAUCUCAUGCUAGACAAAAUAGUAGAACUAAUAAUAUGGCCGACGUCUUCCAAAGAGCAAUGGGUUCCUCUGAUCCAUUCCUUUCAAGCAUAUCUUUAAAUAAGAGACAACAACAAAAUCAAAAGAAAAAAAUACCUAAAGAAGUUAUUGAACUUUUGAAAGCUCCAAACGUUGAACCGCAUUCCGACCAUUUAAAUACAUCAGAUUGCUCAACGGACACCGACUCUGAUGCUGAUUCUUUAUGUGACAUUGUGCUAGAAGAAAUUAUUUUAGGCCAGUGCGCUUAUGCCGACUAUGGAGUCAGUGACUAUAGUGCUGAAAUACAGUGCAACGCCAACGUGGGACUCCAGCAGAACCUAGGAAUGGAGGUAGAAAGACCAAACGGCGCUGAGGCAUACGUUUUUAGCGACGAAAAUUCAGACCCCGAUGAAAAAUAA